GGUCCUGUUUGCCAUAGGCAAAAACACACUGUAUGAUGAUAAAUUGAUAGUUUGAUACUGGUUUUUAGGGUUUCAGAAAUUCAAUUAUUCUUGCUCUGUUGCAAUUAAAACGUGUUUAUACCAAAAAAUAAAAGGGCAAGCUACAAAUUGAUUGAUUCAACUCGUGUAUGAUUUUUAUCAACUCAGUAGACUAAUGUGUACUUUCAUCCAACAUUAAUGGGUGACCCUCUUGCUCAAAAGGUAUUUGUAUUUGGGUCUUUUUCUGAAGAGGAGGCUAGAAACUUGCUGAAUCCUUCGGCGGAAAAUCCGGUGGAUAAGAAUGGUUUGCUGGCUGGUUCUUUAAAUAAUGUGCCUGGACUGUGCUUUGGUAGUUUUGAUGCUGACUUGAGUAUAAGUCUCCCGAGUUAUUCUAAUGGUUCGGCUAAUUUUAAGCCCGAGGGGGAUGAGGGGAAGGCUACUCAGAGUGUGAAUGUUAAGGUGAAUGGAGAUGUUGAAAAUUCUUUACAUUGCUCGAUAAUUGGUAAUGGCAGUAAGGGAACUACUAAAGAAGAUGAGUUAAGUGAGAGUGUGUUAGAUGAUCAAGUUGGAUCACUAGAAAAGCUGAGGCUGACGUCGCAAGAUCAUAAUGUGGUUAGUUUAAAGCACGGAUCUCUUAAUGGGACAUCUCAUGGGAACUUACAAAAGCAUUGUGAAAAAGCUUUUGAUGGUCCUGCUAAAACAGUCGAAGACCUGCAGCCUCGAGGGUUGAUCAACUCGGGGAAUUUAUGCUUUCUCAAUGCGACACUGCAGGCUCUUUUAUCCUGUCCACCUUUGGUGAAGCUUUUACUGGAACUAAAAAGUCAUAGCAUUUCCAAGGUUAAUUAUCCGACGUUAGCUGCAUUUGUGGAUUUUGUGUCUGUUCUUGAACCCAAUGGCAUAACCUUGAAGAAGAAAGACAUACAUGUGCUGGAGACUGGAAGGCCUUUUAGCCCUUCGAUGUUCGAAGUUGUUCUUAAAAAGUUUACUCCAGAUGUGUCUAGUAGCAUCUCAGGCAGGCCAAGGCAAGAAGAUGCACAGGAGUUCUUAAGUUUCGUUAUGGACCAAAUGCAUGACGAAUUAUUAAAGCUUGAAGGCAAAUCAAGUGGGAAUGGGGGUAAGUUAUCUCUGGUUUCUUCUUCAGAUGAUGAUGAGUGGGAGACUGUGGGUCCCAAAAACAAAUCUGCAGUGACAAGAACCCAAAACUUUGUACCUUCGCAUUUAAGUGAAAUUUUUGGAGGACAGCUGAGAAGUGUGGUUAAGGCAAGAGGCAACAAAGACUCUGCCACUGUUCAACCAUUUAUGUUGCUUCAUCUUGAUAUUUCUCAUAAUGCUGUUCGUACUAUUGAAGAUGCUCUUCAUUUAUAUUCUGCACCAGAAACAAUAGAUGAGUAUCGGGCAUCAACCACCCAAAAAGUUGGAGUUGUUAGUGCCAAAAAAUCUAUUAGCAUUCAAAAACUACCAAAAAUUCUGAUCCUACACCUGAUGCGCUUUGGCUAUGGAAGCUAUGGAAGCACUAAAUUGCAUAAACCUGUGCGGUUUUCUCUUGAACUCUUACUGAGCCGUGAGUUAUUGAUGACCUCUGCCACUGAGAGACGAAAAUAUGAACUUGUUUCGACUAUAACACAUCAUGGGAACGAAGCUUCCAAGGGGCACUAUACUGCUGAUGCUCGUUACCCCAGUGGCCAAUGGUUAAGAUUUGACGAUGCCUCUGUUACUGCCAUAGGUGCAAGCAAGGUGUUGCAUGACCAGGCCUACGUCCUCAUCUACCAACAAUGUUGACAGGGUAUCAAAAAUCUCAUUCUUAAUCAUCAUAUGUAGGCCAAAGAGCAUAGGUAUUAGUGAACUUAGAUAUCCAAAUGUGCGGCCGUAAAGGUUGGAAAUUAUAAGUUAUCAAUAGAUGUCCAAAUGAGUGGGUGUAGAGGGUUGGAAAGUACAAGUUAUAGGUUUCCAGAACCAGUAGUUAUGUGUCAUAUAUACAGGGUUUUCGUGUGUGUGUGUGUUGGGGGGGGGGGGGGGGGGGGUUGAUUAUUGAACUGCAUUAAGGAAUUUUGGUUACUUUUAAAAAUCGGCUGUUGUCUGCUCUUUUAACUUCUGGAUGAGUAUGUAUAUCAUUAUUAAAUUAUCGAGUAUAUUGUUACUUCAUGUGAAAUUUUUCUGAGGCA